CAUUUCAUUCAACGCAGCAUUUUGAACACGAUGAAGACUCUGUGGUUUGCUUUGUAUUUGACUUUUCUGUCCUCUGGAAGAAUCGCUCAGACAGCUGAUCUGAAAUCAUCCACAUAUGAGCUUCAAGAGGAUGGUUUUGUUUCAGCAAAUGUUGGUGACAACGUGACUUUGCAAUGUUUCUAUGAUGCAGUGAGGUUUAACUGGUAUAAACAAACUCUGGGACAGAAACCAAGGCGCAUCUCUACUUACUACAAAAAUGACAAAAAUGGGAUUUUUCAUGAGGAAUUUGACAACAAUCCACGCUUCACGUUGGAUACUAAAACUGGUCACAAUCACUUGAACAUUACAGAUCUGCAAAUUUCAGAUUCGGCUACUUAUUACUGCACAAGUAGCGAUUCAUACAGCUUUGAAUUCACAGCAGGAUUCAUUGUGAGUGUAAAGGGUUCAGGUGUGAACAUCCCAGCUUUGGUCCAUCAGUCAGCAUCUGACACCAUCCAACCAGGAGGCUCUGAGACUCUGAGCUGUACAGUACACACUGGGUCCUGUGAUGGAGAACACAGUGUUUACUGGUUCAGAAACUCUGAAGAACCACAUCCAGGACUCAUUUACACCCAUGGAGGCAGGAAUGAUCAGUGUGAGAGGAAACCCGACACACAAACACACACCUGUGUCUACAACUUGCCAAUGAAGAGCCUGAAUCCGUCUCAUGCUGGGAUCUACUACUGUGCUUUUGUCUCAUGUGGACACAUCGUGUUUGGAAACGGGACCAAGCUGGACUUUGAAGAUGAGUCGUUUGUCUUGGUGUAUGUCUUGAGUGGAGCUCUGGCAUUCACCACCAUCCUGGUUGUUUUCCUGGCGUAUGCAGCAUAUACAAUGAAGAACAGAAACAGCUGUCAGUGUGCAGACUCAAGAUCUUCAGCUGCCUUGACUCCAAAUGCAGUGGAUGAUCAAGAUUCAGAAAACCUCCAUUACGCUGCUUUGAGGGAGCACAGGAUCAACAGAACGACAAGACGGAAGGACGACACACAAAAUGAUUGUGUGUAUUCAAGUGUGAGGCAGUAGGAGCUGCAAAUACUUCAACUGUUCUUUGUUUCUGUGGACGAUGAAUAUGUCUAUCAAGCUGUACCAUAUCUUAUAUUGGAGUUUUGCUGUCAGAUUUCACCACAAUAUACUGAAUGUAAAGUGUUGCCUU